AGUCGCGUGUCCUCAAGCGCUGAGGGAGGGACAGAGCGGAGCUAACUGCCAGAGAGAGAGAGCGAGAGCGAGCGAGCGAGAGAGAGAGAGAGAGAGAGAGAGAGAGAGAGAGAGAGAGCAAGCGAAUGAGGAAGAAGCCUUGCGACGUCGCCUCACACUGUAAUAGUGGAUUGUACUUCAGCUGGAGCGGCUUGGCAGGUUUAAACACAUCAAAACAGAACAAAGAGACGAGAGACGCUACAGCACUAUAAAAGAAUCUGCAAAAGAAAAGAGAAAAGAGGGACCGGAGAAAGAGAAAUCUCAGCGGCCAAAUGACAAAAGGAGCGAAUAAAAACCACGGUUAAUAUCUUUCCAUUCGGUGACGGUGCAUUCGUUUGGACGGUUUUAAGGACAAAAUAUCACCGUGUUCCACCAGCAGAAGUUUACUCGCGGGGCAAAGUUUUUUUUGUUUGUUUGUUUUUUGUUUUUGUUUUUUAAGAUUUUUUCGUUGAGAUUUUUUUUUUGUUUUUGUAAAGAAAUUGCAAAAACAACAUAAGCGAUUAACACAAGGAAGACUAUUUACGACUUCAGAGGGCUUUUGGACACUGGCGUAGAAAAUAGGAAUUAUCAUUUCUAUUCAUCUGUUAUGUUUGAAUUGUACGAAUAUUCAAAUUGCACAGUAUAGAUCACGGAUAUUUUUUUUUUACAUCCUAUACCUGUGCACAGUAUCUUUUUCUUGGCAUUUGUUGCUUCGCACUUCGAUGGUGUUCGCCCCAAACCCAACUCAGACUUUUAAAGUUUGAAUAAUUCAUGAGAUACAGUUUGCUUGCAUCGAAAAAAGCGCGCGAGAGAAAGUUUCUGCAAAAAAAGGGAGGGGGGCUUAAUCAACUGCUGUUCAUAAGAUUGGCGGAAUGGCCACGGCGGCUUCCAAUCCGUAUCUGCCCAGCAGUAGUAUAUUAUCGUCGGGUUCGAUAGUACACUCGGACUCAGGAGGUGCGGGCAUGCAGCCGGGCGGCGGCGCGGCGACCUCGGUGUCUUCCGGCGGCUUCCGAGGCGAGUCGGCAGUGAAAAUGGUGCAGAGUGACUUCAUGCAGGGGGCCAUGGCCGCAGCGAGCAACGGCGGCCACAUGCUGAGCCACGCACACCAGUGGGUGACGUCGCUGCCUCAUGCGGCCGCCGCCGCAGCCGCAGCCGCGGUAGCAGCCGCCGAGGCUGCCUCGCCUUGGUCCACGAGUCCGGUCGGCAUGGCGGCCAGUCCACAGCAACAGCAACAGUCUCAGCAGCAACAGCAGCAGGAUGUGAAGAGCACCACGGCGCGCGAGGAUUUGCACACUUCCAGCACGCUGCAUCACCGGCAUUUAGGUCCACACCAGGCGCACGCGGCUCCCUGGGGCGGCGCCGCAGCUGCUGCACACAUCUCCGCCAUUACCGCCAGUCAGCAGCAACAACAACAGCAGCAGCAGCAAUCUCUCAUCUACUCGCAACCCGGUGGCUUCACGGUAAACGGUAUGCUGAGUGGCGGCCAAAGUCUCGUGCACCCUGGGCUGGUGCGAGGCGGCACACCGGAGCUGGAACACGGCGCGCACCCACACUCUCACCCUCACCACCACCACCAUCAGCAUCACCAUCACCACCACCACCAGCAGCAUCAGCACCAGCACCACCAGCAGCAGAGCCACCACGGUCCCAACAGCCACGAGGCACACUCGGAUGAGGACACGCCGACCUCUGACGACCUGGAGCACUUCGCCAAGCAGUUCAAGCAGAGGCGCAUCAAGCUUGGUUUUACGCAGGCCGACGUGGGCCUUGCGCUCGGUACGCUCUACGGCAACGUGUUCUCUCAGACCACGAUCUGCCGCUUCGAGGCGCUGCAGCUCAGUUUCAAGAACAUGUGUAAGCUCAAGCCGCUGCUGAACAAGUGGCUGGAGGAGGCCGACUCGAGCACAGGCAGUCCGACCAGCAUCGACAAGAUCGCGGCACAGGGCCGCAAACGCAAGAAGCGCACAAGCAUCGAGGUGAGCGUCAAGGGCGCGCUCGAAAGCCACUUUCUCAAGUGCCCAAAACCAUCAGCGCAGGAGAUCAGCACCCUGGCCGACACGCUGCAGCUGGAGAAGGAGGUGGUGCGCGUCUGGUUCUGCAACCGCAGGCAGAAGGAGAAGCGCAUGACACCGCCCGGAGUGCCCCCGACGCCGGACGAUGUGUACUCGCAGGUCGGCAACGGACAUUUUUUAGUAGAUUACUUAAAAGAUGCAAGUUUAAACGGGCCGAGCGAGGCGGGCGACCAGAAGGUGACAACAACCACACGUUCGUUCCAUCAGGUAAUUCUGGCGCAUUGACAUCAAGUUGGAAAAUUUCGAAAUCAUUUGAAAAUGAAAUGACACCCCCCUCCCUCCCUACCCACUACCCCUACACACUCUUGUUUAUGAGAUGGAACCGAAAGCAGGUCAUUGCAUGUAUUGAGAUGGGACGUUAAACCCUCAGAAAAUAAAAGGGGAUGAAAUUCGACAGCGAAGAAGAGAACAGCAUCCACGACGCUUCCGACUUAUUUUUGCAGAGAAGACUGCACGUUAUAAUAUAUUUUCUUUUUUCUUCUUCACAAAAGACACGGAAUGGAAUAUUUCCUCUGCCUUCCAGUCCUUAUAAACACAACAGACAAAAAAAACCCCUUAAAACUGCUCACAUUUUCAGAUCUCUAAGAUCAUAUUUUGUGAACGUUUUUAUGUAAAGGACUUAACGUCACACGGAUUUUUUCUUUUUCUUUUUCUGUUUUUUUUUUUUCGAAGAACAUACAAAAAAUCAAAGAGAGACGUUUGCAAAGACUUUACGGUUCCUCAGCUGCACUUAUUUGAAAUCCUCUGCGGGAGCUGUGGAUGUUCUCCAUGCUGCCAUUUCCAAGCAGUAUUCUUUGGUAGGUUUUAAUAAACGAGACUAUGUAAAGCCGGCAAUAUAUAGAUUCCUUAGAUCAGAUGUUGAUCGGAAUUAUUUACUUUAUAUUUUCAUUCAAAUGCUUUGUUUUAAUAUUUUAUUCGGGAUACAUAUGAACUAUUCCAAACAGUAAUUUAUUUCUCCCCGUUUCAGAACUGUGUAAAAAAAUGUUCUCUUCCCUGUUUGUUUGGUUUUUAUUUCGACUAUUUGUUUAUUUGUUGGGUUGAAUUUUUUGUAUUUUUUUUUUUGAACGAGCACAAAUCAAGAUCAGUCUUUGGCAGUAGACAACAAAGGGUAUUUUGAUGUGAUGAUUUGAUUGUAAUUUAAUUUUAGUAGUGAUUCCGUAAGAGAUGAUUGAGAACAAUAAAUUUGUUAGAAUGAACAAAAAAAUGAUGAUUGUGUGUUUUGCCUAAAACCGCAGAUCUUUAAUACACAUAUAGGGCAUUUCAAGUGGAAUUUAUUUAUUUAUUUGAGGCUUUGAGAAAUUUUGUGUAGACAGGGACAUACGAGCUAACCCAAUGGUGUGGCAGACAGAAUGAUUUAUUUUAAUGAAAUAUAUAUUCUUCAAUGCUAAUUCAUCUGUGCCUCUUUUGUAGAUGCUAACCACUCAACAUUUUUAAAAUACACGAGCGCCAUGUUCAUGUUUAAAUUCUUUUAUAAUGCAGCUUUUUUAAUUCAUGCAAUUUUGUGAGGUUUAUAUAUUUUUUUAUUCUUGCCAGGAGAUGUGCUCUUGUCUCUUUUUUUGCGCCAUGUUGUGUAGCAGCAGUAAUGGUUAUUCACUGGGCCUCGAUCCCACGGGGCAGAAGUUAAAGGCUUGUCCGAGAUGGAGUGUUUACAGCUGCUUAGCUUUUUUGUUGCUCGCUUUUGUUGUACACCUGAGUUGUAAUUUCUGGUUUCUUUAUGACAGCUGUCAAAGCUAAGAUGCACCCAUUAGAUCGCUUCCAUGCAAAGACAGACGUUGAUAUUUUUUUCUGCACGAUUCAGAAAAUAAUGUUGUAGUCGUGUAACGAAGAUGAUCCUGAAUUUAAGAGCAGCACACAUAUUAAUUUGUAGAAAAUCAAGGAAAUUAUUGGGCCUCCGAUAGCUUUCACGCCUUAUUGCUGCUCCUCCUCUUCCACUGUGAUAUUUUCCCCUCUAUUUUAUCUAACCCCCAUUCUAUGUUCGCGUGAAUAUCUUAACAAAAUGCACAUGCACAGUGCUAAAAUCUGGAACCAUUGAGAAGUCUCUGAGAAGUCAGUCUCUCUCUCUCUCUCUCUCUCUCUCUCUCUCUUAGACUUCAUGUGCACAUGCAUCCCUGCACUCCACCAAAAUAUUUACAUUCUCUAAUCGAACAGCCCACAUGCAAUAAAAGCACACGUUUAUGUUUAAGUGUUUUUCUUUUUUAACAUUUUCUUUGUUGGAUCGUUGUUCAGGACAUUUAUUGGAUAAUGUAACACCACCCUUCCGCAUUGUUAGUUAUUGAUACCAAGUUUACAACUGUCUCCAAAAAAAAAAAUCCAAUAAAGUUAGCAUAACAAGGAAAACACUAAAGGCUUUUAUGAUUGGUGCAGCUCGUUGUGGUGUACGUUUUUGAGGCCUGUUUUGUUUUGUUUUCUUCUUCUUUCUUUUUUCCAAGCAGGUUAUAAGCGAAAAUUAGCUAAGUAAAUAGACUCAGUUUGGCGGAAAAAGACAAGCACAACACUGUAGGAUGCGAGUCCUUCCAUGAAUGUUGAUGAUUAAUACUUUUUCGGCAAUUUUAUAAUACUUGAGAGCAAAUUAGUUUAGCACUGCUCUGUAUUUUUUUUUUAAAUAAAUAACACAGUCGUUUCAGUAUAGACUGUAAAAAGAAAAAAAAAAAGAAAAAGGGAGACAGAGAAAGGGGAGAAAUUGCUUAUCCUUCAACUUUUCUUAUUCGAGCUGACUAUUCAGCAAAACGCACAAUCCCCAACUCUCCAAAAAUUUGAAUUUCGCGGAUGAUUUCCCGUACACUAGUUGCUAAGCAACUGAAUUCAAUCAACGUUAUAGAAGUAGCCUAUGCAUCUCCACUCUUUGUGCCCAGUAAUAGGGAUCUGACAUUCAAGCUGAUUUGGUAUAUGAAUGAGAAAAGAGUGUGUUUUAUAAUUAAAAUUCAGAGAAAAGACACGUAAUUCUAAGCUACCUUUUUGUUUGCACUUGUCACAAACGUGACUGUGUCAGCUUGAGUUGUUUGUGGAUAAAACAAAACAAAACCAAAAAAAAAAACUGUGUAUUGAACUGAAUUAGAAGAUUAUGGUUCGAUGUGGCCCAGGGUCAUUUUGUUAGGUUUCCUUUUCCUUCAAGCUUAAAAUUUGCGUCUUAAUGGAUUU